UCAGGCAGUCUAAAUUAGGUGGUAGCUAGUAAAGAAAGGGUUUCCUUUCUAUUUCGCUGUUUACAUCAGUAUAAUACCACCUGUGGAGGGUGAGAAAGUUGGAGACUUACCACCAUGUGGAUGUACCCCUGGAACCAGGCCUUGUAGACAACUCUCCCUUUUGGAAAUCCUUGGAAAUAUAUAUUGUCAAGAGUGUGUACCCUGUAUAUCUAUACUGGACCAUGCCUUCAGGUAUUGACAUCCAAAGCUAAAGAGUCAAGAGAGUACUGGACCAGGGGAUAGUCGAACCCCAUAAUACAUCAUGGUCGACUAUUACAAAGUUCUUGGGGUACCAAAAGAGGCCUCCGUGGCAGAAUUAAAAAAAGCUUACAGAAAACUAGCUCUCAAAUGGCAUCCGGACAAAAACCCAGACAGAAAGGAGGAGGCCGAAAAAAAAUUCAAAGAAAUAUCAGAGGCUUAUGAAGUAUUAUCAGAUGAGGAGAAAAGGGGUAUAUAUGACAAAUAUGGUAAAGAAGGUCUGCAAGGACACUAUCAUAACGGAAAUGAUUUUGAUAGGGGUGGUAGCUUUAGUGGAUUCCAUGGAUUCCAAUUCCGUGAUCCUGAAGAUGUAUUCCGGGAGUUCUUUGGAGGCAGAGAUCCAUUCGCUUCAUUUUUCGGAGGUCCAGGCGGUGGUUCCAACAUGUUUCAAAAUUCUUUUACAGGAUUUCCAUCUUUCGCUUCUUCCUCUCAAUUCUUCUCCGACGACUCCUUCAACUCAGACUCUGGUCGGAGACCUACGAGGGGAUACAGACGCAGAGAUAGGAUGGACCUAGCAGGGCAGUCAUCAUCACGACGACCGCGAGACAGGAUAGGAAUGCUCCAUCACCCCCCAGUUGGUCAUCAGUUUGGUAUCUUCCAAAUGGGAUUGCCUCUCAACUUUGGAUUUUCCUCUGUGUUUGACGAUCCAUUUGGACACUUUCAUAGACCUGCGGGAUUUUUUCAAACAAGCACAUCUUUUAGUGGGCCAAGUGGCCAUGGUGGCCAUGGCAACAACUUCAGGUCAACUUCAACAUCAACAAAAUAUGUCAACGGCAAAAAAGUGGUCACGAAAAAAGUUAUAGAACAGGGAAAGGAGACGGUGACAGUGGAAGAAGACGGUGUGAUCAAAUCACAUGUAGUGAAUGGUGAGCCACAGAUGUUGGGUUUCUGAGUGGCUAAAGGGACCAUGCCUCAGCACGCCGUAGUGGCGUGUGCUCAUAUGUUGACGAUGGAGGAGACUAGAGCCUUCUGUGUUACACUUGAACAUAUUACUGUAAUAUUAUAUAUAUUUAUAUCAAUUUCUAGGUAUCUUCAUUGAAGACCCUAGAUCUCUCAUUUGGAACAUACUGUUAAGUGAUUUCUCUUAGGGUGGUCGUGCACUUCGAUGGAAGAUUAAUCUCCUGAUGUUGAUAAUGCUUUCUCAAACACACUUCUAGAUUUUAGUUUUCAAAUUAUACAGAAACUCUUUGCAAAUAUCUUUAAAUAUCUAAAUUAUUUUCAUUCAAAGCCUUACCAGUAAGUAUGGAUAUUUGAGGCUUGUUUACAUGUAUUUAAACUCUGAAAAGUCCCAUGGCCUUGAUUUAAUUUACAAAUACCACUACACUUCUUCUGUCAAAGUGCUUGGCUAGUGUAGACCUUUUAAUGACUGUGUAUGAUGAUGUAAACAUCACAUAUUAAUGAAGGGUCUCACUAGAUAGCUUUUACUUUAUGUACUUUUUAAACAUUGUAGACACCGAUUCUUGUUAUACAAGGUAUCUUAAGAAAUAGGAUUAAGUGAGGAACCAUUUGGUGUAUAUAUAUAUAUUAUAACUAAGGUUCAAUUGUUAUAUUAAUCCAAAUGGGAUUUUUAGGGUUUUUCUCAUGGUGUUUUAUGAUAUUAAACAGCUUGUGUCAUUCGAGCCGCAUAUCUCAUAGGUUGUGAUUCAUGCUACAAUACAAUAUUUGAAAAUCACUGGAGCGCAUUUAUGACAUCAUGAUAACCAAUCACUGUUUAGUUUUGAUUCUGUUACCCUCCACCCGACAAUAUUUAGAUGUUUUGCUUUAGUUCUUUAUAACAGUGUCUGUGCACUUACUUGUACUCGCAGGUUAUUUAAUAUCAUUGCUGUUUGUAUAUUUUUUUGUUCCUACUUCAGUGAAAAUUCGACUUUGAAGUUACAGAUGUUUGCCAACUGUACUGUAUAAUAAACAUGCUGCCACUGUUUCCCAAGCACUUUAUAUCGGAACUGAAAUUUACACAUCUUUUUUUUUCACACAAUAAAUUAUUGUGAUCACAGUAAAGCGAAAAUAUCAUCCCUGCGAAAGUAAGCGGCUUUACAGUAUACAAAUUGGAAACUUGAUAAUGCAGUAUAGAUAAUACACUAAGUAUUCACUAUUGUUAUUUUUCAAAGUAAUAUUAUUCUGAAGAAUGUCUGCAUUAUGCAAAAGAAAAGGUAAUCUUCUUUGAAUGUUAUUUGUGUUUAGCUCCAGAUAAUAUAAGUUUAAAAGAAAGUAAUUUAGAUGUAUAAUUUUGUAUAAAGUGCCCUCUGUCAAAUUACAAUAGUUCCUAUUGUGAAUUGAAGUAUACAGAAUAAUUUGUUGAUAUAAAUGUUAUCUGUUGUUGAUUUGGUUUAAUUUUUUAUCACAUGAUGCUUUACAAGUUUUUACUGACAUAGUAAAAUAAAUUGUAAUUUUCAAUUAUUGAAAAAAAAAAUUUCUUCAUCAAACAGUGGUAAAGAUUUUUGCUUGAAAAAAAAAAUUAAUACCAACAAAAUUUCCAAAAUAGAAUUAUUUUCUAUUCAACAGUGAUUCAAUUUAUCUAAGACCAGAUUUCAGAUGAAUCAGGUUCAAUCCAUCAUACUUUUGAUAUAUAUAACUGAAUUAUACUAGCCCCUCCUCCCCUAUUUAUCAUUGUGUUAUUUUAGUUUGAAUAUAGUGUUUAGAUGUAAUGGAGAAAGACAACUUUCCUUAACUUUUUUGUGCCAUCAUUGUUAUAUGAAUUGUGCAUGCUUAAAAAUGUAUGAAUAUGAAAAUGGACUGUCCCAGUUUUGUCAGCUGGAAGUUCCAUGGGGAUAAAUACAAGUUCCUAUAGAAAAUACUUGUGUCAAAGCAAUCAUGGUUUUACACAGUGGACUCUUCCCCUGAGGAAUGGACUAUAGAAAACUCAUUUACUCUUGUUCUUACAGCUUAAUGUAUUUGUAAAAAUUUGUGAAUCUGAGAUAGUGUGAAAGGUACUGUAAGAACACUGCUAUGGAAGUAUAUACUAUCAUACUCUUACACUUUCUUUAGUUGGUAUUUUGAGAGGAAACUUAUUAUUCAACAGAAUCAAACAAUUGUUAUGUUGUAAUGAAUUUUUUUUGGAGUUUUUUGUUUCCCUAGCACACAACAUGUUGGGGAUUUUAAAGCAUCUAUGACCUUCUCUCCUGAAUUUUUUUUUUCAAUUUUCACAGAAGUAACAUUCUGAGGUUAGUGUAUCUGUCAAUCAGAUAUAUAGAUCUGAGUCAAUGAGACUCUUGGAGCAGGUUUUCUGUUGUGAUGGAUUCUGUUGAUCAGAUUUCUGUUGCAGGUUGUCUGUGAUGGUUGAUGCUAGACAGUGAUUCUGUCAGACUCUUGUAACAGUUUGUCUGUGAUGGUUGAUGCUAGACAGUGAAUCUUUCAGACUCUUGUAACAGUUUGUCUGUGAUGGUUGAUGCUAGACAGUGAAUCUUUCAGACUAUUGUAACAGUUUGUCUGUGAUGGUUGAUGCUAGACAGUGAAUCUGUCAGACUAUUGUAACAGUUUGUCUGUGAUGGUUGAUGCUAGACAGUGAAUCUUUCAGACUAUUGUAACAGUUUGUCUGUGAUGGUUGAUGCUAGACAGUGAAUCUUUCAGACUCCUGUAACAGUUUGUCUGUGAUGGUUGAUGCUAGACAGUGAUUCUGUCAGACUCCUGUAACAGUUUGUCUGUGAUGGUUGAUGCUAGACAGUGAAUCUGUCAGACUAUUGUAACAGUUUGUCUGUGAUGGUUGAUGCUAGACAGUGAAUCUGUCAGACUAUUGUAACAGUUUGUCUGUGAUGGUUGAUGCUAGGCAGUGAUUCUGUCAGACUAUUGUAACAGUUUGUCUGUGAUGGUUGAUGCUAGACAGUGAAUCUUUCAGACUAUUGUAACAGUUUGUCUGUGAUGGUUGAUGCUAGGCAGUGAUUCUGUCAGACUCUUGUAACAGUUUGUCUGUGAUGGUUGAUGCUAGACAGUGAAUCUGUCAGACUAUUGUAACAGUUUGUCUGUGAUGGUUGAUGCUAGACAGUGAAUCUUUCAGACUAUUGUAACAGUUUGUCUGUGAUGGUUGAUGCUAGACAGUGAAUCUUUCAGACUAUUGUAACAGUUUGUCUGUGAUGGUUGAUGCUAGACAGUGAAUCUUUCAGACUAUUGUAACAGUUUGUCUGUGAUGGUUGAUGCUAGACAGUGAAUCUUUCAGACUCUUGUAUCAGUUUGUCUGUGAUGGUUGAUGCUAGACAGUGAAUCUGUCAGACUAUUGUAACAGUUUGUCUGUGAUGGUUGAUGCUAGACAGUGAAUCUUUCAGACUCCUGUAACAGUUUGUCUGUGAUGGUUGAUGCUAGGCAGUGAAUCUGUCAGACUCCUGUAACAGUUUGUCUGUGAUGGUUGAUGCUAGACAGUGAAUCUGUCAGACUCCUGUAACAGUUUGUCUGUGAUGGUUGAUGCUAGACAGUGAAUCUGUCAGACUAUUGUAACAGUUUGUCUGUGAUGGUUGAUGCUAGGCAGUGAUUCUGUCAGACUAUUGUAACAGUUUGUCUGUGAUGGUUGAUGCUAGACAGUGAAUCUUUCAGACUAUUGUAACAGUUUGUCUGUGAUGGUUGAUGCUAGACAGUGAAUCUUUCAGACUCUUGUAACAGUUUGUCUGUGAUGGUUGAUGCUAGGCAGUGAUUCUGUCAGACUAUUGUAACAGUUUGUCUGUGAUGGUUGAUGCUAGACAGUGAAUCUUUCAGACUCUUGUAUCAGUUUGUCUGUGACGGUUGAUGCUAGGCAGUGAUUCUGUCAGACUUCUUUGAACAGUUUGAAUAUUGACAUCAGUGUAACUUAAUGUUGUUUAUGGAGAAAGCUGUUCACAUAUAUGUACCAUUAUGUACGUGUUCAAGGAAGUUACUCUCUUUCAAGCUGAUUUUUUAUGUGAAUGUGCAUUGAAACAUGACUUUAUCAGCCUAUGCCUAACCUGCUGGACAUGCAACUAAACAUGAGAUUUACCUCUCAGAAAACUUUCCAUCUUAAAACAUUGACUUUAUAGAUGUCUGACCAAAUGACCAUGUUGACCUUGAUGAAGGCAUGAUUCAUUGUUCACAUACAGCUAAAUAUGCCAGGCUUCGCAAACUGUGUUACAGUUAGCAUAAAAAAGCAGAUCAUUAUGUGUUAUGUGCUGGGUUUUCUUUAUCUUGACAGGUAUAUUUACGUUAUGGAAACAGAGUAUGUACCAUUGUUAACCUACAUGUAGUGCAGGACAACUUGUAGUCAAAUUUUAGUGAAUGGGGAUAAUUUAGAAAUCUAUUUACUUUUCUGUUUUGAUAUCAGUGUCUGUAAUAUUUUUCUCUAAAGUGACUCAUCUGAAGACCUAUUUGAUGAGAUACAGAUGUAUGAAUUUUGUUAUUUCUGGAACGAUGACAGCGUUACUUUGGAUUUUUAAUUUCAUUUUGUACAUGGAGUUUCUCCAUACAAUCUGCAAGGAUUGCUAGAUUGAUAAUUUUAAAUCACCUGUAAUAACAUAAUCACAUUCAUAUCAUGUUUGUUUAUUGUGAUCCUUAUUUUUUCAGAAUAAAUGUUUUUCGUAUUGUCAGUUUGUAUGUAUGUUCAGGUCUUGUUCUGUUAUUUCAGAAUAAAGAGUUGCUAUGUUUUUUA